AUGUUACACUCACCAUCGCUCAAAUCUGACCUUAAUGUUCUCGCCGUUUCCCCAACGCAGCCGAUGCCUUUGGACCUUUCACAGCAACCCGAUCUCUCUUCAACUUUCAACGACGAGGAACUAAAUGUGGACCCAACUGUCAUGCGACCCUUAAAUUUGAGCAUUCACAACCACCUUGUUCACCACACGAAUCGUACCGACGGUGACCAUUGGAUGAAGACCUAUCAGGUCCGGCAUCAUAUACAUCAACAGCCACAUUUCUCAAAGUUGCCGUUGCAUCCACCGUUUUUCAGACCACUCAAUAUGUCCUCCGAAAUCGAAACAAAAGUUCCGCUUGCGCCCAACCAGUGGUUUAGAUUGCCAGCUCCUCUGAUGAUACCAAAACCCGAACAACUCCUUGCAUAUGCUAUGAAUACUCAUCGAAGAUCUUGUGUUGAGUUCCAUGAAAAACACUUUUGGGAUACGGCUCACGAGCGCAAGCAAGCACUGACAACCAGUGAAAGUGUGCUCUGUGGCAAUACAACCAUGACCUGUAUGAAUAUGACGACGUGUCUUCACAUGAUGCAACAAGCGAUCUCGUAUACCCGUCCUUUUCCUCAUCCAGCAAUAUCUGAAAAAACAUUGCUUAACGGUGCAACCAAUGUAGUACCCACAAGAACUAAGAGAUCACUACAAGGUACGACUAAGAGACAUAUUUUAAACGUCAUUUCAAAUGGAAUAUCUUCUAGUAUGGGGGGACGGACCGCAUCCGACCUACGGUCCGAAAAAUCCGCACCAUCUCUGGACGAAAAUUCCGAACUUGUUUCCCACGACCGGAACGAGCCUGCGCGGGAAUCACUUCCAAAACAUAUAAUGAUCCUCAAACGUGAUCGUUACCAUUGCCAGUAUUGCGGGAAGCUAUUCCCCCGUUCAGCAAACCUCACAAGGCAUAUUCGUACUCAUACAGGUGAACAGCCAUAUAAAUGCGUUCACUGUCCACGGUCAUUCAGUAUUAGCUCGAACUUACAGCGCCAUAUUCGAAAUAUUCAUCAGAAAGAGAGACCAUUCCACUGCCUCGUCUGUUUCAAACGUUUUGGCCAACGCGCGAACCUUGAACGCCAUAUCCGUAACCAUCUGAUCAGUAUGGAUUCAUCAACUACAGAAAAUGGGCAUCAGUUGUACCCCACGACAGGUCUUCUUGAAAGACUGAUUGAAUAA